AUGCCGACCCACAAGGUGAUCUGCGUCCCUGAUAGGGGCGCGUUCAAAGUGAGGGUCAUAACUGCCGGUCCGGCUGCAUUGCAGUCGUUAGCUCACCAGGUACGCAAGGUCCUUUACCGGACCGUCCUUCCCUUCUUGCCCACACGGUGGGCUUUGGUGGAUGGCGGUCUACGUAAGUUCCUCAACCAAGUGGCAUUGCCACCCGGUGCGGAACAGAUGGGUUUAGGACCCUGGGUGGCGCUAUCAUAUGACAUGAAAGCAGCCACUGAUCGAUUCCCGCAUUAUCUCAUAGAGAGCAUCAAUGAUGCAAUCGAAUCCAAUCUUACAGCGGUUCAGCGCGCCUCCCCAAAUUGGGUGGCACAUCGCAGCCUCUCGGGGCCGCAGAAGCUGAACUACGGGGAUGAGGAAAAUGAAGAUAUUAUUAUUUCUUCCUGUGGGAACUUGAUGGGCACCGCCCCUAGCUGGUCACUGCUUAAUCUGUUCAACUAUUCGUUGUUCAGAAUUGCGUGGUCCAUUUGGAGCGAUCGUGCCCUACGGAGAAGGUAUCCUGAGUUGGUCUCCGCCACCGCUUCACGGUCCGAUAAGUAUCGUACCCCAGCGGUUUGGCGGAAGUUAUUACAGGUCACCCGGCUGGUGAUCGGUUCAGAGGAUGAGCUGAAACAUUGUUUUGGCUAUCCUCGGUCUCUCCCGAAGUUUAACACAUUGUGCGCACUAUGUGGAGAUGAUCUGGCUGCUGUUUGCCCGUUAGGGGUCGCUGUCGUUUACGAGCUUCUUUUGGAGCUGGCGAACGGUCGUGCUUCCCCAGGCAAACAUUAUAUACAGCCCUUCCGGCCGGGCUCCUACAUGCUAUUAGCAGAGGAGUUCCUUUCUAUAGGAGAAUUACAAGAAACGAUUAAAGAAAUAGAAUCAGGAAAUUUUGAUAUGGACAACGAUAUUGUAUUUUUAACAAGAAAAGAAAGGGAAUUAGGAUCCGACGGUGGAAGAACUUACUGCUCUCAAACAUUUAGACAACGUUUGCAACAGACUGUAUGUGAAGGCAAUAUCAAAAAGAGCAUUUUUCCAUAUUUCCCUCAACAAACCAUGUCCGAUUCUGAAUUAGCAGAAUUAGCAGAACAAGAAGGUAGCAAGCUGGUCCACCACGUUUGUGUGGAACAGGCCUUCGGCUUACCAGCUCCUAUCUCUGUCCCUACUUGGGACGAGGCAGAGCCAGAGAUCUCUCUUCCAGAGAGAUACAUGCCGACCCACAAGGUGAUCUGCGUCCCUGAUAGGGGCGCGUUCAAAGUGAGGGUCAUAACUGCCGGUCCGGCUGCAUUGCAGUCGUUAGCUCACCAGGUACGCAAGGUCCUUUACCGGACCGUCCUUCCCUUCUUGCCCACACGGCGGGCUUUGGUGGAUGGCGGUCUACGUAAGUUCCUCAACCAAGUGGCAUUGCCACCCGGUGCGGAACAGAUGGGUUUAGGACCCUGGGUGGCGCUAUCAUAUGACAUGAAAGCAGCCACUGAUCGAUUCCCGCAUUAUCUCAUAGAGAGCAUCAAUGAUGCAAUCGAAUCCAAUCUUACAGCGGUUCAGCGCGCCUCCCCAAAUUGGGUGGCACAUCGCAGCCUCUCGGGGCCGCAGAAGCUGAACUACGGGGAUGAGGAAAAUGAAGAUAUUAUUAUUUCUUCCUGUGGGAACUUGAUGGGCACCGCCCCUAGCUGGUCACUGCUUAAUCUGUUCAACUAUUCGUUGUUCAGAAUUGCGUGGUCCAUUUGGAGCGAUCGUGCCCUACGGAGAAGGGCGGGUAACUACGUGCGCUUCUUUACAAGAAGGGCAACGUCUUACCCUGCUCGCCAGUCCGGUCCGUCUCAGGCUUCGGACUUUGUUGGGUUGCUGGAGGACUUGGAAAGUCCCGUCGCAGCCCUCCUUCCCCUAGUUCGAGUGCCGGUUUUCCCGGUUUAUACGGGUAAACCGGGUAGGAAGCGAAUCGCUUCCACUUGUAACGCAUUGUGCUGCGCCUUUAUCAGCGUAUGGCCGUCCUGUCAAUUUGAUUUGACGGCCAAUGUUGCCAACUGCCGUGCGAUGGCCGGCCUAAGAGACAUUGUCUCCUGGGUCUUGCGCGCGUACGGCGGUAACGGAGAGGCCUUCGUCGCCAAGUCCCUUAAGGGGCUGGCGGCAUGGCUUCGUUUCCUGGCUGGCAACCAGCUACAUGCUAAACCUCCCCCUCUGCUGCGCUUCCCCUUCUCCAAUGAAGUGGGGGAAGUCUCGCCGGAUUUGCUCUUCCGAGGUAGCAUUGCUAACUCGGCGAAAUGCCAGAAGUCGCUGUUGCGAUUUUCUCGCUUCGCCAGAGCGCUGCCAGCUGGCGGGGGGUGGGCCGUGGAAAUUUCCUUGCGCGAACAUCGUCGCGAGGCUACCUCUUGCCCCCCAGUCUUGCCCGCACUUGCAGACCGCUUCUUUGAAGUGGUCCAAAAAGUGACUAAGGACAAGUUGGAAGGGCUGGAGGAUCCCGGAUUCACCCUUUCAAGCAGUGCUUGUUUGGAGAGAACCCGCGCCUGA